AUGCGUGAGGAGCCGCGGCGGUCGCCGUGCGUUUUCCGACGGGGCCCCCAGGGCGUCCGGUCACCCACCUUAACACAGGAGUGCCCACCACCUCUCCAGGUCACCCACUUACACGACAGACCAUACCACUCGCCAGGUCACCCCCAACCUACUAGCCCACCCACCUCCCAGGUCACCCACCUUACAGCCCACCCACCUUACACAGCCCCACCUACCUCCCAGGUUACCCACUUACCGCCCCCACCCACUUACAUGCACCCCCUACACAAGUCCACCACCUCCCAGGUCACCAUCACCCACCUUACACAUAGCCCACCACCUCCAGUCACCGCGCACCUAACACCCCACACCUCCCAGGCUUACCACCUUAACAGCCACCGCACUUACAGCCCACCCACCUUGACAUGCCCACCACCACACUUCCCGGUCACACACCUACAGCCCACCAAACCUCCCAGGCUUCCCCUGCUUACAGCCCCACCACCUUCCUCAGGUCACACUACACCUACAGGCCCCACCACUCUCCGCCAGGUCACCUUAAGCCCACUCACCCAUCCAGGUACGCCCACCUUAACAGCCCCACCACUCCCAGGUUACCCACCUUACAGUCCCAGAACCCACCUACAGCCCACCCACCUUUCAGCCCACCACCCCUCACCCAGGUCAACUCCACCUUACAGCCCACCAACUCCCCAGGUCACCCACCUUACAGCCCACCACCUCAACAGGUCACCCACCACUUACAGCCACCAUCCCAGGUACCCCACCUUAUCAGCCCACCACCUCUCCAGGUCAACGUCCACUGACACCCAACACUCUCAGGUCACUCCACCUUACAGCCACCACCAUCCCCAGGUCAAACCCACCUUGACAGCCCACCACCUUACAGGCCCCACCACCUACACAGCCCACCACCUCCCCCCUCCAGGUCACCCGCCACCUACCACCACCCCACCUGUAUCAAGCCCCCCACCCUCCCAGGUCAACAACCACCUUUACAGCCACCAUCCUCAGUCACCCCACCUUACAGGCCACACACUCAUCCCGGUCACCCCCCUUACAGCGCCCACCACCUCGCAUCAGGUCACCCACCUUAACAGCCUCACCACUCCCCAGGGUCAACCCCACCUUACAGCCCACCACCUCCGCCANCCCUCACGUGAUCAAAAUUUACAUCACCACUACAUCCUGUGUCCUAAGUUUAAAGAUGUCGAAUAA